GACAAAUGCUUCAUAUGUGGAGAACCGAUCAUUGAAGGAAAUCCAGGAUGUAAGGCACUAGACCAUACGUAUCACAUUGCAUGCUUUAAAUGCGACAAGUGCAGCAAACGACUAGCUGGAUCAUCGUUUUAUAAUGUCAACGGCAAACCGCUUUGUGAGAGCGAUUACAAAGAUACGUUGGAAAAAUGCGCCAAGUGUGGUGAGCCGAUCACUGAAAGACUUUUACGAGCAUCCGGACAGGCUUAUCAUCCGCAUUGUUUUAUAUGUGUAGUAUGCAAAAAAAGCUUGGACAACGUACCCUAUACCGUCGACUCCUCAAAUGAAAUUCACUGCAUACCCUGUUUCCACGACCGGUUCGCUCCACGAUGUGCAGUAUGUUCCAAACCAAUCAUUCCCAAAGAAGGCGAAACAGAGUCAGUUCGGAUCGUAGCAAUGGACAAAAGUUUUCACAUAGAAUGCUACCGUUGUGAAGACUGCAACGUUCAACUAAGUUCAAAGCUUGAAGGCGAAGGAUGUUACCCAAUCGACCAGCAUCUUUACUGCAAAAACUGCAGCGGGAAGCGAUUAAUUGCACUGUCAAAAGCUGCAUAG